AUGACAACUGGUGUACCUAGGACGAGGCAAAAGUCUUGCGUAGCAUGUGUUGCGGCGAAGAGGAAAUGUGAUCAAAGCUCACCAUGUGCUCGAUGUGUAUCGAAGUCCAUGGCAUGCGAAUACAAGCCGGGUCGUCGCCGACAAACGAGGGGAGUCCGGGAAGUUCCAUUGCCAUCCGAGAUCAUUCUCAGCGACACGCCAAUGGAUUUGAGGUCUCCGCUUACACACCACUUAGAAACAGACACAAAUACUGAUCGUACGUUGUCGUUGGCUCUGUUGGACACCACUGGAGUCGCGGACCCCAGUCCUGGCACGAUCAUUGACGAUUCUUUCUUCAUGGCCUUCGACAAUCGAGGCCUCGCUGAUACUUACCUGGAAAUCGGUGUCAUGGAUCGAGAACGUAUUGCAUAUUGUGUUCGAUGUUUGAAAUCUUACCCAUUAUCGCUGGCUCACACCGGAAGGACUACAUUCAUACACCCGCAGAAUUAUCGACCAACGAUGCCAAAAUCUCUCCAAGAUGCUAUAUCAGCGUCUUCUCUCUACAUUAACAAAAAUGAGUUGAAUGAGGCCAUGGUAUGGGAGAUCAUUACUACCAAGGUGACCCAACUCACAGAACCGAAGCCAUAUUGGACUGUUGCAGAACACUUGGCAUGCGUGCAAGCUUUCGUCAUAUUCCAGAUCAUCAGCUUGUUCGACGGAGAUAUCAAACAACGGUCUGAUGCGGAACAGCAAGAAGAACUCCUUACCUCCUGGACUGACAGCCUCGCCGCAAGAACAGGAGUCACGUCGUCCUCGUUGAAUUCAAUUGAUCGCGGUUGGGAGACCUGGACGUUCGAGGAAGCAAUUCGCCGCACAAUCAUAGUGUCGAGAACGGCACAAUCAAUGUUCGCCAUCCAGCGCCAGGGAUUCUGCACCAUGGUCGGUGCUGUGACUGAGAUCCCGUUCACUGCACAACGUAGGCUUUGGGCAGCGCCGAGUGCUUCGUAUUUUGUGAAAGCUUGCAAAGAAACGAGAUGCCUUUGGGUGGAGAAGAUGGAUCUGGAUGAGAUAAUGGAAAAAGGUCUCGUAGAGGAUCUUGAUGAGAUUGCGUGGUUAAUGUUGGUUACUUACACAGGCGUCGACGGGGCGAACGAGUGGAUAAUGAGCAAGGGUGGGUCAACAUUGAUUGAAUGA